GGUUUAAGGUGUAUGCAAUGGACAAGUGCAGAACAUGUUUACCACCAUAUAUUAAUUGUGCAAAAGAGCUGUUGUAAAACCGACACGUUAAACAGGUUAAGCUUGUCGCGGUAACUCAAAAACACGCUUGAUGGUCCAUUAACACCGCACGGAAGUAAAUACAUGUCUGCAUGACUAUAUGCUUUAUGAACUCGUCUACCAAAGGGAUCGAGUUUUUUAACAGACAUGAGCAGUCAAAAGCUUAUUAGGUUAAUCAUCGGCUCCUUGGUGAUUGUGGCCAUGGUGAAACUGUUCUUCACCCCCAGAGGAAGUGGGAAGUCUAAAAGUGAAAAGACCCACCAGAUCAUACAAGGUGGUAAAUUCUGGGCUAGCCAACGAAUCCCACUGAUAAAAGUGGUUGAAAAUAACGAGGAGACUGUGAAAACAGAACAACAGCCAAAGGUUGAGCAAGAGGAAAGUGAGAAAAGUCAGAAAAACCAAGAGCAAUUAAAGCCAGAAGUUCCUGAAAACAUAGAUCCACUAAAGAUUGUGCAUUUAGAUCUGAAAGGUGCCCCACCCAAAGUUAAAUACCUCGAACAGAUAUUCCCUCUACUCUCGUCUUUGGGUGUUAAUGGGAUAUUGCUGGAAUAUGAGGACAUGUUUCCAUAUGAGGGGGACCUUGAAAUACUCAAAUCAAGCUUUGCAUACAGUCCGGAAGAUAUAGAGGAAAUUAAGUCUCUGGCUAAACGACACAAUCUUGAACUGAUACCUUUGGUGCAGGUGUUUGGACACAUGGAGUUCGUCUUAAAACAUGAAAAGUAUUUCAAAUUGAGAGAAGUGGAAACGUUUCCCAAUAGCCUAAACUCUCUGGCCCAAGGAAGCAUGGAACUUGUUCAAAACAUGCUAACGCAGGUCAUGAAGAAGCAUCCAGAAGCACGGUGGUUCCACAUUGGUGCCGACGAGGUGCGUGGCUUGGGCGAAAGUGAAGAUUCGAAGCGAUGGUUAGAAUCCAAUAAUGGAGACAUGGGCAAGCUCUACCUCAAUCAUGUGACUGCAGUGGCGAAAUUUAUGAACAAACAGAAUCAAAGAAUCAAGCUGAUAUUGUGGGAUGACAUGUUCAGGAAAUUUAGCCCCGACACUAUAAAAGAAUCAGGUUUGCAAGAUCUUGCUUCACCCAUGAUAUGGAACUACUAUGCAAACUUGAACGUGAAAGACAUUGGUAAGUAUAUCUCCAAGUAUGAGCAGGCUGGAUUUCGUGGCGUGUGGUUUGCUAGUGCAUUUAAAGGAGCCUCUGGAAUCGACCAGAUCUGGACUCCAAUUGAUCACCAUUUAAAAAACCAUCUCCAGUGGCAGGAAGUCAUUGCAUCCAUGCCACAGUACAAGUCUGUGAAAUUUCAAGGCAUUGCACUGACUGGCUGGCAGAGGUAUGAGCAUCACACAGUGCUGUGCGAGCUUCUCCCGGUGGCCAUUCCUUCUCUCACUGUCUGUCUGCAGACACUGAAAUAUGGUGCAUUUAAUGAUAAGGCCCAGAGUGAGGUAAAGCGCAUGCUUGGCUGUGAAGUUCAGCUCGACAAAAAUGACUGUAAGGGUGCAUCCUUUCCUGGAUCAGAUAUUUAUGAAAUGGUGAAGAAGAUCAACACCAACCUUCAGAGUUCAAUUAUAAACAUCAAGCAAAACUAUCACGUCAAAGGAUCAUUCAGCUUUUACCAUCGCAAACACAACUUUGCCAACCCUCGAAAUCUUGGAUUUUUCAAAGACGAUCUGAAAAAAAUGAUGGAUGAAUGGGAUUCCUUUUUGCUGACUUUUCGGGAAAGCAUGGAGGCGAUCUUUUACCCGGACACAUUAGAGGAGUGGUUGGAAGAGAAUGUGAAUGAACACAUCGAAACGCUUCACAACAUGGUGGUUGAUGUAGAGCGGAUCAUCAAACUCAACGGACAGUCAAAGGUGGACCCCUCAAAAAAUAGGUGAAACAAAUCGAUAUAAAAGACAUUCCAAACAUGGCAUUCAGACCUCUUGUUUCUGCACAAUAAGAGGUGUUUCCCCUCUCAGGGACCUUGCUUAUUAACUUAAGACUUUACUGGAAGUGACGAACACAGAAAAAUGGGUUUCAAAUUACUUUAUAUUUGAACUGCUUGAAGAAAGAGAUUCACUACGUUGCAUUGAUGCGUUUAUUUAAUCAUUUUUGGAGUUGACUCAGAAUUAUGACUUGCCUUUGCUAAAGACUUUGCUGUAAAGGGAUGAAAUGCAAUCAUUCAUAAACAGUUUUUUUAAUUGUGUAGUCCAAGGAGAACAAAUAUUGUGCAAUUCUGUAUAAUUGCAAAAUGUGCGAUCACUUACUGUAGAAAUGUUACAUUAGAACUUUACAUAAAGAUGCUAAGGAUUGUUAGUGCUUCAAUGCUAUUACAGAAGAACUUUUUACAAUUAUACAAAUAUUCGGUUUAGAUUUAUAGGCAUUUCCAAAAGAUUGCAAUAAAACUGUUCUGUUGGUCGUGGGGUUUGCAACAUAUAAUAAAAAAUGUGUAAGGUAGCUUUGUGCCUGUAGCUUCUUUUACUGUUUAUUAUGGUGAAAUCUCAGUAUUUUUAUAUUUAAUGGGGCAGUUCACUCAAAAAUGAACAUUCUCACUUGUCACAAACCUGUAUGAGUUUCAUUUUUCUCUUGAAUCCAAAAGAAGAUAUGUUGUUCGGAAGAGAUUUAGCUUAGAGGAUAUUGCUAAACAAUCAAUCAACACUAGAUUAUGCCUCAUCCAAAGUCCUACAAACACUACACUUCUGCAAAAAGGAAUUACACAUGAUUUUCCCCAAUAUAUCUCAUAUUUGUGAUAAGUGCAAAUCAGAAGAAGCCGAUUUAGCUCAUAGUUUUGAAUUCUGUCAUAAAAUACAGGGAUUCUGGGAUGAGGUUUUAAAGUGCUUUCAGAUGUUCUUGAUCUACACAUAGAUCCUGAGCCAGUGCUUAUUGUAUUAGGACAUUCUGAUUAUACAAAUUCAUUGAGCAGUGCACAACAGAAAUUUCUUACAUAUUGUUUGAUAACAGCCAAAAAGCUAUUAUUAUUGUAUUGGAAAUAUGGUAAAUGUUGUGAAAAUAUUGUACUGGAACGAACUAGAUAUCUUUUAAAAGGCAACACUAGACAAUUUCUCAAGAUUUGGGGCCCAUUCUUCUGUCCCUUCAUGGGGAAUUAGUUUCCUCAAAGCAAUGUAUUGUAACUAAAAAGUUGUUUUGAUUAUCGCUGUAUUGUAUACUUACAGGCUGGGGUUGAGGUGUUUAAGCAUAUCAGAAAAUCAAUCCUGGAGCUUGUGAUUAUUGUAAGUCUAUUCAAUGACCAAAUAAAACUUAUUUGACAAAAAGAGGAUAUUUUGAAGAAAGCUUGAAACCGGUGACCAUUGACCUGCCAUAGUAGGGAAAAAAAUACUAUAGAAGUCAAUGGUUACAGGUUUUGAGCUUUCUUCAAAAUAUCUUCUUAAGUGUUUCAAACUAAACAUAGAAACUCAUAAAGGAUUCACUUCAGUGACUAAAUAAAAAAUUUGUUGGUUGAACUUUCCCUUUAAAGGGGUUAUAUGUGGAAGAAUUGUUGUGUUAUGGGACGACAUUGUUUUGUUAUGGUUUUUAUUUAGUCUUCAUUUAUGACAUGCCUAACCCUGCUUUAUGAUCAAACUAUCAUAUCAGAGUCAUUUUAAUCAUUUGUUCAUCUGUUGAUAUUCUGGUGCCUUAUAAAGCUUGUGCAAACAAAAUCUGUUUAUCGGUAUAAUUGGUGCUUUCUUAACUGUGAUCUUCUGUUAUUUGUAUAGUGUUUAUUUAGUUGUUUAGAGGAAUGAGUGCAGUGCAUAUUCAUUAAUAUUCAUCAUAUUCAGUGUGUGGACAGCAUUUGGAUGUUUGUUAUCAGUAUAGCACUGCAUUUCCUUUUGUUUUUAAAGUGAUAGUUCAUCUAAAAAAUGUAAACUCUGUCAUUGUUUACUCUUUCAUUGUCACAAAUCUGGUUGAGUUUCUUUCUUCGGUUGAACACAAAAGCAAAACCAGUAACCGUUGACUUUUAUAGUAUUUGUUUUCCUACUAUGGAUGCCUAAUUUUUAAUAUUUUUCAGAGUAUCUUCAUUUGUGUUCAAGUAAACAAAACUCAAUAAAGGAUUGGAACCACUAGAGUGAGCAAAUGGUGAGGAAACUAAUGAAAACUAGUAGGUACAUUA